UAAAUUGUAUUUAGGACUCAGAUUCAAUGAACAGAACUAAGGAGUAAAAAUUAAAUAUAGAAAUUAUAGAAAAGUUAUUUUCAAUGAAAGAACAUUUCUUUGAUUGUAUACUGAAGCAUUUCUUAUGAUGAAAAAAUUUAUAAUUUUCUAUUCAUAAUACUAUGUUUUUAAUUUUUUAUUCUUAUUCAUUUUAGUGUAUCUUCCCUAGGUCCUAACAAAAUAUAUUUCUAGUAAGUAAGGAUACAUGUACUGCACUUUUUUGCACUUAAAAUAAGAUAGACAUAUUUAGUUGUUGGAGAGAGAGAGAGAGAGAGAGAGAGAGAGGAGGGGAAGAAAGAUAAAACAUAACAGUACAGUUAUAAAGACAGAUGUAAAAGCAAGAUCUCUGUGUACAUACAAUAGAAGUAUCUGUUCCGUGUUCUUUCAUUCUUCCUGUUUUUUUUUUUACUCUGUUCUGGAGUCAUUGUUGUCUGGCAUUACUGUCUCUAUUUUCUUUCACAUCAAGAAUAGAUUUACUUGACAUUUAUAAAAAGUGUAAUGUUCAGAAGCAAUUAAAAUAAAAAAACAAACUCAUGAUCAUAGGCGGGAAAUAAUUUUCAGCAUGGCAAUUUUUAUGACUUAAUAACGAACCACUAAUAGGUCACGUUAAAUUCUGGAUAUAAUGAGUCAAUUUGUUACAAUACAAGUUGGCCAAUGUGGAAAUCAAAUAGGAUCAGCCUUCUGGCCUUUAGCUUUACAUGAAUAUGGCAUCCAGACUACUACUGAUAGUGUAAACCUGCUCAAAGUACAACGAAAUCAUCUCAAGCAUAUCGAUGAACUUUCUAAUGCAUUUCCCAGUUUUUUUCAUGUCCCUAAUAGUACAGACAAAUUUUAUUUUCAAGAUGUAGCUGAUUUAAAUGCAGCUAAAAUUAAAGCUAGAGCUGUCUUAAUAGAUAUGGAAGAUAGUGUUGUAUCUAGGUUUAAGCAAAGUCCCUUGCGCCAAUUAUUUGAUCAAACAUGUUUUGUGACAAAUUAUCCAGGAUCUGGAAAUAAUUGGGCAAUAGGAUAUCAUGUUCAUGGCAGUGAAUAUUAUGAUCGUUUAGAAAAUAGUAUAAGACGUGUAGUCGAAAAGUGUGAUCGACUUCAUGGAUUUCUAUUGAUGCAUUCCUUGGGAGGUGGCACAGGAUCUGGAUUAGGAACUGCAACAUUAAAAUUAUUAAAAGAUAAUUAUCCCCAUGUAGAAAGGAUUGUAUCAUCCGUUUAUCCAGCAAAUACACAAGAUACUGUUACUGCCCCUUAUAAUACUUUACUUGCGACUCAAGAACUUUUAGAACACGCCACGUGUGUACUUCCUGUGGAAAACAAAGCUCUAUUAGAUAUAUGUAACGCUCAAAUGACUAAACGAAAUAAUAUGAAUCAAAUAAAUUACAAUGUCUCGUGUAGGCCGUUUCAAGAUAUGAACAGUAUCAUCGUCAACAUGCUCUUGCAUUUGACCAGUGGAUCCAGAUUUCCAGGAAGUUUAAAUAUGGAUAUGAACGAAGUAGCUACAAAUCUAGUGCCUUAUCCGAAAUUGCAUUAUAUAUUUAGCAGCAUCAGCCCUGUAACUUUAUCUGCCCCAAAUAUGUGCACUACGCAAGAAACAAAAUUACAGGAUGAAUUAUUUACCAAUGCAUGGUCGCGAAAUAAUCAAUUAAUUAAGUUGGAUCCUCUUCAAUCUGCUUCUGUCAUUCUUGCUGCUGCACAUAUCGCAAGGGGUAAUACUACUUUAACGGAUAUAAAACGAAACAUUGAAAGGUUUCAAAACAAAUCAAAAUUUACUUCAUGGAGUAAGGAUUGUAUGAAAAUAGGAUUAUGUUCCAUUCCCCCAGCGGGACAUUCUUCGUCAUUAUUGUGUCUCCUUAAUUCAUCCGCUAUAUCCGCAUUAUUCAAAGAUAUAAUCCGAGAAUUUUCUACAUUAUAUAAGAAAAAGGCACACGUUCAUCAUUAUACACAGGUAAAUGGAUUUGAAGAAACACAUUUUUUGGAAAGCAAGGAAAACAUUCUUAGUUUAUGUGAAUGUUACUCAGAAAUACGAAAUAUUGAAGAGACAAAUAUCUCUAGAUUGCAAGUAAUUUAAUCAGUCUAAAAAGAAUUUGAAGAUGGAACAUAAAUGUGUAUUGUGUGUUAUUUAUAUGCAUAUAAACAAAUUUCUCUACAUA